GUUCCGAAUGCAAUACACGACAAAAGGUACAGGAGCAAUGUGAAGCUUGUGGCACGCGAUUCGGCAAGUACACCUGCCUCAUUUGCAAUUUGUUCGACGACACCGAUAAGAAGCAAUAUCACUGCAAUGGCUGUGGCAUCUGUCGCAUUGGUGGUGCUGAGAAUUUCUUUCAUUGUGAAGUUUGCGACAUGUGCCUGCCCAUCAGAUUGAAGAUCGACGGUCAUCGGUGCGUUGAGAAUAUUUCGCGUUCACAUUGUCCGGUAUGCCUAGGCGAUAUACAUACAUCACGCAUACCAUGUCACAUACCCGAUUGUGGUCAUUUGCUGCAUAAGACUUGCUUCGAUCAGUUACUCAACUCUGGACAUUAUACAUGUCCUAUUUGUCAGACAUCGUUAAUUGACAUGACAGCGCUGUGGGAGUAUUUGGAUGCGCAAGCGGUGUCAUUGCCGGUGCCAAAGAAGUAUGAGAAUCAACGAAUACAUAUUUUUUGUAAUGACUGUCACAAGACUUCUAAAACCAAAUUCAACUUUAUCGGCCUUAAAUGCAUGCAAUGCGGUGCCUACAAUACAACUCAGGAUGUGAAGCGGCGCAUGUCGCUGGUGACAGAUGAACCCUCGUCGGCAUGACGGCACACUCUUUAUUAUAGAUAUUUACACACCUUUCUUUGCAAGUAAAAUUGUUGUAGGAUUUUUUUUUUGUUGUUGUUUGGCCGUUAAAUAAUGGAACUCUUGCCAUUUGAGAUUGUACACUGCUGGAGCGCCGCCUGUUUACGCUGCACAAAAAUGCUACAAGGCGUGAAAGUCUUCGAAAUACUGAAAUGGGUAUACUAUUUCACAUGCCUGAUACAUAACAAACAACAUUUGGGCAAUUCGGGUGCUUUAGCAGCUUUACGUUAACUAUUGCGAUAUUUGAAUGAAUGUGUAUGUAAACUACUCGUAAGUUAAUUCGAGCUGGUAUCGAAUACAUAAAUCGAAUUGAAUAUAUCGUGCUGUUAAUAGUUUACAUUUACAUACAUAAACAUACAUAAUAUAUGCAUUAGAUUUGAAAUAACAGUUUUGUGUAGUCAACCAAUUUUAUUAUAUAUGUAUUAGUUUAUAUUUAAAUAAAUAACAUACAUUUUUGAAAAGUAAUUUAGUAUAUGAAGGUUAUAAUAUUAUGAAUUAAAUUGACUUUUUUCUUUUAAUAUAAGCAACUUUAGAUUGGGCACAAACUGUUGGCAAUGUUCAACGCAAGAAGUCUUUGGUAUGGAUAUAGAGUUAUGAAUUCGAUUUAUUGUCCCAAACUGAAGAAAUAAAAAUAUUUAAUAAAUAAACCAAAUGAUUUCAAUAAUUGAACGCAUUUUAUAGAUUGUUCUAAUUUUAAUUGGAUUAUUGCCUAUGUAGACAUAAAUUGAUAAUACUCAUUAAACGCAUUUAACUCGUUAGUCGGAACAGGAGCUUAGCUUUUUAAAAGUUUUUGUAUUGUGCAAGAGUAAUAUAUUUUCGACCCUUUACGAGUUAUUCCGAAGUCGAAACUCAACAACCGGUUCGUUUUUAUCUUCUUAACCUCAAAUAAUCUACUGUUUUUGCAAAAUUUCAA